AGUCGACUUAUAUAUCCCUAGAUUAGAGUAAAUUUUCAGGCAAAACAUUUCCAAUUUUCGCUGCUCGAUAGGAUUCCAUAGAAAAUCCUCACACGAUGAAUAAUAUACCAAAUGGUAUUAUUUCACACACACGCCGUGUCCAAAGCCUGUACAAGAGGGCUUUGCGUAACUGCGAAGCUUGGUAUGAUCGCAGAGAAAUCUACCGUUACCGGGCUGUUCAAUUGCGUGCCCGUUUUGAGGAAAAUCGCAAUGUAACCGAUAUGGCCAAGGCUGUGAAAUUGUUGGCUUCCGGUGAACAGGAAUUGUUCAAUACCCAACAUUACCAACCCAUCAAGUUGGCCAACAGUCCCGGUGGCUGUGCCUACGAACGUGAAGUUGAAGCCCCUGACUGGGUCUUGGAUUACUGGCAUCCCUUGGAAAAGGCUCAAUACCCCGAAUAUUUUGCCCAACGUGAACAGCGCAAGAAAGAAUUUGUUGCCUGGUGGGAACAGCAGUAUGGCAAACCAGAUCCCAAGGAUCUACAUCAUUAGAGCAUUGCCGGAAAUGAUGUGUGUUGUGUUGGAAAUGUGCAGUGGUGAAUUUUAUUCAUCGCCGAGCAACAUUGUUGUAAAGAAAAACUAGAAAAUUAAAAAUAAGGAAAUUAAAAACAAAAAACAACAACAAUAA